GGUGGCUAGUCCGGUGGGGUGUGGUGUUUCCUUGGUAGACGAUUCUGCCUAAAGAAAUUAAAUAUAUUAUUAAUUUUGUAUCUUAGUAACGCAUUAGGUUUUAUAAGUGUUUUUCAAUCAGUGGUGGCCUUUAAUUGGUGAAAUGAAAGUGUGCUAAAGAUAUUUUUUUGGAGUGCUGGAAUGGUGAAUUGAUUUUUUCCCCCGAAGUUGAAGUGACGGAGGCACACCCCUAAAGUUGUCAACUAGGACAGUAGCCGUUUAACCAUGGCAGUCCGGAUGGAAAACUCAGCGCCGAGGAAAUUAAAUUACAAAAUGAUGGGGACCAACGGGCCUCGACCGAACUACGGCGGGGCCAGUAACGGCAAGGCUGGGGGCCGCGGGACGGUGGCCAGCCUCCAGCAGCCGCAGCAACAGCAGCCGCAGCCGGCGCUGGGGGGCGGCUACCGCGGCGCGGGCGGCGGGGGCGGCAGCUGGCCCGGCGGCAGCCAGUACCCCGCGCUGCGGUACCCUGCGCCGCAAGCGGCCGGCCAACCCGGGGGCGGCGGCGGAGGCGGCAGCGGGCCGGCGGCGGGUCCGCAGCCGCAGCAGCCGCAGCCCCAGCAACAGCCCCAGCCGCAGCAGCCCAACGCCGCCGCCUACAACUCCUACCCUCAGCCAGCGCAAUAUGGCACGCAGCGUGUACCGACUGCUGCGUCACCUUCGAACACAAACAGCAGCUCCAGCUCCAAUACCGGGUCUCAGAGUGGAACCCUUAGCACUAGCCUCAGCAACAAUGUUAGUUCCAAUGUCGGUGGCAGUGGGAGUGCCAGCAGCAACAGUGGUGAACAGUUAUCGAAAACCAACCUGUACAUCAGAGGACUUUCUCAGAAUACGACUGAUAAGGACCUUGUCAACAUGUGUUCACAGUAUGGCACCAUUAUUUCAACGAAGGCAAUAUUAGACAAGAAUACUAAUAAAUGCAAAGGUUAUGGGUUUGUGGAUUUUGAAUCACCUGCAUCAGCAGAGGCUGCUGUGAAAGCACUCCAGGCAAAGGGCAUCCAAGCGCAGAUGGCGAAAGUGGGUAUUUCGUUGCUGCGUAGACCGCCCAGUCAACAAGAACAAGAUCCAACUAAUUUAUAUAUUGCCAAUCUACCAGCAACUUUUAAGGAAAAUGAUGUUGACAACAUGCUGGCAAAGUAUGGGCAAGUUAUCUCUACAAGAAUCCUCAGGGACACAACUGGUCAAAGUAAAGGUGUUGGGUUUGCAAGAAUGGAGUCAAAAGAGAAAUGUGAGCAAAUAAUACAGAUGUUCAAUGGCAACCAGCUGGCUGGGUGCAAGGAACCACUUCUUGUAAAAUUUGCUGAUGGUGGAAGCAAAAAAAGGGUUCUGUACAAGACUACAGAUCAGCGAAUGUGGCGGGAUACUGGAGAGGCUGGUGCCUGGUUGCAUUGUGGCAGCUUAGUACCUCCCGGUGCCCCUGUCAGCUAUGAUCCAUCAGCAGGGCAAAAUGGUGUCGGAACACCACAUAUUCUGCCUGCACUUGGACAGUAUGGGCGACAUUAUAGUCCAGGGACUGUACAGGGUUACCAGCUACCGCCCACAUCCUGGGUUCCUCAGUAUGUGAUGCAGCCACACUUGCCACAAGUUGAGGAACAGUUUGCUUGUCAGCUGGCACCCACCACACACAUACAUAGCUACAAAAAUGAUACACAACAUUCAAGAGGCAUCUCUGUGAUGAUGCCAUCAGCUGAUCCAAGCUCUGUUCAGUAUGGUUCUAUGAUUCCACCUCUCACUACUCAUAUGUCUGCCUUACAGAUUGGUACCCCUAGCUCUUAUAUAGCAAGCCCUCAUCCAUAUCCAUUCUAUCCUGGGCCAGGAGCAUCUAUCAUACAUGCUGUGCCAAUACCUGACUCUGAGCAAACAUCUAAUGCUGCUUCACCAGAUGAUACCUAUCAGCCCUACCAGACCAGUCAGCAACCAAAAUAAGUACUGAUUUGAUGUUAGUUGAUGCAUUUCAUACAAUUUAGGUGAAAGGAUGAAAAAAAUAAACAUUUUAAAAGGAAAAUAGCAUUGCAAUUUCCUUCCUCUGGAAAUUUUUAAGAUCAUCAUUGAAAGAAAGGAAAUCCAUUCACUGAUAUGUACAAGAAUUAAAGAAGAGUGAAUUGAGUCAACAAGUACCUUUAAAUGAUGAAACUAGAGUUGAAGAAUUCCCACUUUAUAUCCACGGACUUGCCACCAUCUGUCAGCGGAAAUAAUAUUAAAAAUUAAUAAUAAAUAUAGUUUAUUAUUUUUUUACUGUAGAGUAAAAUGUGUUUAGCUAUGCUGUCUACAACCUCUUGUCCUGUACAUUUUUUGUGAGAGUACCUUAGCAUUGCAUCAGUUGGUGUUGAUAAAGACUUUUGGUUACCUAAUGUCAAUGAGUGUUAGCAAAGUGGUGAUGUAAAGAGUUUUGGAG